AUGACGCUGACAGCGGCCAUCAAGAUUGCGCAGUCAUCGCUGUUCAACGUGUCUCAGCAGACACAGCUUGCCUCGCGCAACAUCACCGAUGCCGGCAACGAGGAUUAUGUCCGUCGCCAGGCGCAUGUGUCGACCGCGCCCUACGGCGCCCGCACCUACUCGAUCGGCCGCGCCGAACAGCCAGCCCUGUUCAAGAGUUCGCUCGCCGCCCUGUCCGACAGUGCCGGCCAGGGGGUGAUCGGCGAUGCCGCCUCUCGGCUCCAGACGGCGGUGAACGGCGUCGACAACCAGAAUUCGGCGUCGGUCAAGAUCGGCGCGCUGCGCGACGCCCUGCAGAUUUACUCCGCCGAUGCGUCCAAUCCCAUUCUCGGGUCAUCGGCGAUCGAUGCCGCCCGCGACCUUGCGCGCUCGAUCAGCAGCGCAUCGCAGGGCAUCCAGUCCUACCGCGCCGAGAUCGACCGCGACAUCGGCGCCGGCGUCGAUGAUCUGCGCAGCCUGCUCGACCAGUUCGAAACCGCCAACAGCCUGGUCGUCCAGGGCACCCAGCUUCGCACCGACGUCAACGACGCGCUCGACCAGCGUGAUGCGCUGCUCAAGCAGAUGUCUGAAUAUGUAUCGAUCUCGGUGGUGCAGCGCGACAACAACGACUUCGUGCUCUACGCCGGCCAGGGAAUCACGCUGUUCGAAACGGUGCCCAGAAACAUCAGUUUCGACCCGCAGACGGCCUAUUCGCCGACGACGACCGGCAAUCCCUUGCGGAUCGAUGGGGUUCCGCUGACCGUCGGGCAGGGCGCCAACACCUCCGCUUCCGGCAAGCUGUCCGCGCUGAUGCAGGCGCGCGACAGUGUCGCCGUGCAGCAGCAGUCCCAGCUCGACGAGAUCGCGCGGGGCCUCGUCGAGACCUUUGCCGAAACCGACCAGACCGGCGGCGGCGCGCCGGCGCAGGCGGGCCUUUUCACCUAUGCCGGCGGCCCCGGCAUCCCGCCGGCGGGCACGCUGGUGCCCGGCAUGGCCGCCUCGUUGACCGUCAGCGCCGCCUUCGAUCCCGAGCAGGGCGGCGAUCCGACGCUUCUGCGCGACGGCGGCGCCAACGGCGCGGCCUAUGUCGCCAACACCACCGGCGGCGCGGCCUACUCCGACAAUCUGCUGGCCCUUGUGCAGGGUCUCGACACGCCGCGCGCGAUCGAUGCGGCCGCCGGCAUUGCCGGAGACCGCUCUGUCAGCGGCUACGCCGAUGCGUCGAUCGGCUGGGUGGAGAAUCUGCGCUCGACCGCGAACAUGGCCUCGCAGAGCAAGAAGGCGCUACACGACAAGCUGUCGGGCGACUAUCUGGCCAAGACGGGCGUGUCCAUCGACGAGGAAAUGACCAAGCUGAUCGCGCUCGAACAGUCCUAUGAGGCGUCGGCCCGGAUCAUGAGCGUGGUCGACCGGCUGUUCGACACCUUGUUCGCGGCGGUGAGGUAA